CACAAAGUUUGUGCCUGCGGGUGCGCCUCUGUCGGCUCGCCUAGCUCCGAGAGCUGCAGGCGGGCGGCCGGGGGCGGCGAGGGCCGGGGGCGGAGAGGCCGGGCAGGAGGCGGCGGCCGUGGCUAUGCGCCGCGCCCCGCCGAGCCCGUCCCGCCGCGCUAGGUGAGCCGGCUCCAGGCGCUCGGGCUGCGGCCAUGGGCACCCUGGGCAAGGCGCGAGAGGCUCCGCGGAAACCUUCCCAUGGCUCCAGAGCUGCCCCUAAAGCAAGACUAGAGGCGAAAUCAGCCAGCAGCCCCUUCCCCUCCCAUCCUAGCCUGGCCCAGAUCACCCAAUUCCGAAUGAUGGUGUCCCUGGGACAUUUAGCCAAAGGAGCCAGCCUGGACGAUCUCAUUGACAGCUGCAUUCAAUCUUUUGAUGCAGAUGGGAACCUGUGUCGAAGUAACCAGCUGUUGCAAGUCAUGCUGACCAUGCACCGAAUCAUCAUCUCCUCUGCAGAACUGCUGCAAAAAGUUAUGACCCUCUAUAAGGAGGCCUUGGCAAAGAAUUCACCAGGGCUUUGCCUGAAGAUCUGCUAUUUUGUAAGGUACUGGAUAACAGAAUUCUGGAUCAUGUUUAAAAUGGAUGCCAGCUUGACAAACACCAUGGAGGAGUUUCAGGAACUGGUGAAAGCCAAUGGUGAGGAGAUACACUGCCGCCUAAUUGACACAACUCAAAUCAAUGCCCGUGACUGGUCCAGGAAACUUACCCAAAGGAUAAAAUCAAAUACCAGCAAGAAACGGAAAGUCUCCCUGCUCUUUGACCAUCUGGAACCAGAAGAACUAUCGGAGCACCUCACCUACCUUGAGUUCAAGUCCUUUCGAAGGAUAUCAUUCUCUGAUUAUCAAAAUUACCUUGUAAAUAGCUGUGUGAAGGAGAACCCCACCAUGGAGCGAUCCAUUGCCCUAUGCAAUGGCAUCUCCCAGUGGGUACAGCUGAUGGUUCUUAGCCGCCCCACCCCGCAGCUUCGAGCAGAAGUCUUCAUCAAGUUCAUUCAUGUUGCUCAGAAACUCCACCAGCUACAGAACUUCAAUACAUUGAUGGCUGUAAUAGGGGGGCUAUGUCACAGCUCAAUCUCCAGGCUCAAGGAGACAAGUUCGCAUGUCCCACAUGAAAUCAAUAAGGUUCUGGGUGAGAUGACUGAGCUGCUGUCCUCCUGCAGAAAUUACGACAACUACAGGCGAGCCUAUGGGGAGUGUACCCACUUCAAGAUCCCCAUACUGGGGGUGCACCUCAAGGAUCUCAUUUCCCUGUAUGAAGCCAUGCCCGACUAUCUGGAGGACGGGAAGGUGAAUGUCCACAAGCUGCUGGCUCUGUACAAUCACAUCAAUGAACUGGUCCAGCUGCAGGAAGUAGCCCCACCACUGGAAGCCAACAAAGACUUGGUGCACCUGCUGACGUUAUCUCUGGAUCUCUACUACACUGAAGAUGAAAUUUAUGAGCUUUCCUAUGCACGGGAGCCAAGGAACCACAGAGCCCCACCACUAACACCUUCAAAGCCACCAGUAGUAGUGGACUGGGCCUCCGGAGUAUCUCCCAAACCAGACCCAAAGACCAUUAGCAAACACGUCCAGAGGAUGGUGGAUUCUGUCUUCAAGAACUAUGAUCAUGACCAGGAUGGAUACAUUUCUCAGGAAGAGUUUGAAAAGAUUGCUGCCAGUUUUCCAUUUUCCUUCUGUGUGAUGGACAAAGACAGGGAAGGCCUCAUCAGCAGGGACGAGAUCACAGCCUACUUUAUGAGGGCCAGCUCCAUCUACUCUAAGCUGGGCCUGGGCUUUCCUCACAACUUCCAAGAGACUACCUAUCUGAAGCCCACUUUCUGCGACAACUGUGCUGGAUUUCUCUGGGGAGUGAUCAAACAAGGGUAUCGAUGUAAAGACUGUGGGAUGAAUUGCCACAAACAAUGCAAAGACCUGGUGGUAUUUGAAUGCAAGAAGCGAGCCAAGAACCCAGCACCUCCCACUGAGAACAGUACCUCCAUUGGGCCAACACCCAACCUCUGUUCGCUGGGAGCCAAAGAUCUGCUCCAUGCACCUGAGGAAGGCUCUUUUACAUUCCCUAAUGGGGAAAUGGUAGAACACAGUGAGGAGAGUAAGGAUCGAACAAUCAUGUUGAUGGGAGUGUCCUCACAGAAGAUUUCCGUUCGUCUGAAGAGAACUGUUGCCCACAAGACCACCCAGACGGAGUCACUUCCUUGGAUUGGCAGCGAGGGCCCUUCAGGUCACUUUGUGUUGUCUUCUCCAAGGAAGACAGCCCAGGAUACCCUUUAUGUGCUUCCCAGUCCCACAUCUCCAUGCCCCAGCCCAGUCUUGGUCAGAAAGCGGGCUUUUGUCAAGUGGGAAAAUAAAGAAUCCCUCAUAAAAUCAAAAGAGGAACUCCGUCACCUCAGACUCCCAACCUACCAAGAGCUGGAACAGGAAAUAAAUACCCUGAAAGCAGAUAAUGAUGCCCUAAAGAUCCAGCUGAAAUAUGCACAGAAGAAAAUAGAAUCUCUUCAGCUUGAAAAAACCAAUCAUGUCUUAGCGCAAAUGGAGCAAGGUGAUUGUUCUUAGCCCAGAAACUCAAGAAGCACAAUCUGUACAUGACUACACUGGAGAUCUGAUCCUUAACUGAUUAACACAAAGACCCGGGGAACUUUACAGGGAUUGUUUAAAAAGGGCACUUUAAAAAAGAAAAGUCAGUUACUGUUUUUGUUACUUGUUUUUACCUAAAAGAUUCCUAAUCUGUAGCACUGUUUUCUCUUUCAGUCAGUUGACUCAAAGGGGAGGAAAGUUGAGAAUGAAAAACUUCUGGCAUUCAUACUAAAACAUUUUUCCCUUCCUGGGACUAAUACCAAAAGUGUGCUAAAACAUGAUUACAGUUUCGUGACAAGGUAGCAUCUCAUGUGGCAUGCAUAACUGAUUCUUCCUUAGAACCAAAAUCUCUGAAAAAUGCAUUUGCUUCCUUCCCUGAGUUUUCUGGUAAACGAGGAAAUUACUUUGUUCUGCCCAAUUUUUUGUUUAUAAUGAAAAAAUACCCAAUUCCAAGCAGACUGACUUCUACAUGCCAGCACUCCUUGUGAAUCUGUUUUCUACUUCGCUACCUCAGACCUAAUCAAUUAGCUUCUUUCCCCUCCCUUCCUCACUGUGCUCAUACACACGAGCAUAUCUACCUAGAAAGGAAUUUCCAGAAAUGCAGCCAUGGCUUUUUAGGGACCUAUUAAACAACAUGACAUUAUCCAAUUGCAGGUCAACUCAUGGUUCUAGUCUUGAAGUCAUAAGUAAUCAAAUCCAAUACCUGGAAAUAUAGCUAUUACCAUCUCAUACAUGACUAGCUUAAUGAGCUAAAACAAACAAUGUAAACAUGUUUGUCUCCAUAUAUUCUACAGUGGAUAGAAUUAGGAGUUAUGGUUUAAAGAAAUGGUCUCUGAAGUAUAUUUAACUCAUGUUAUUUAACUCAUGUUCCAUCUUUAUCUUUAAGUAAACUAUUUUUAAAGUUCUCUUUUGAACUGAAUGUGUGCUUAAACUGUCUUUCUAGUAAUACUAUAUAGAAAUAAGCUAAUUGGAUUAGUGGCUUAAUUAAUAGCUGACAGCAUGUACAUAUGUACAUAACAUGUAUAUACAAUAUCAGAUAUGCAUGUGGCUUGGGAUUUUUUUUCCUUCAAAAAUGUGGAAGUGAAUUGAACAACCUUUAGUCAUUAUUCACAAAUGUGACUUUCAGUUACAAAUUCACAAAUAUAGUUCAGUUUGUUAGAAGAUGGAGAAACUGCUAAAAAUAUAAACUGUUAUUAUUUGGCAAAAAUAACAACCGUCCCAUGAGUAUUCUACUAUUAAGAUUAAUGAUAAAUGGGAUCAUUUGGUUGCCUAGGCAAGUAGUCACAAACUCCAUUAUCAGCCUUAUUUUAGUUCUCUUUUAAAAAAUCAUACAACCACCAUUUUCUUUUUGAAGGAAUUUUCAUGCUUGGAAAGUCUGGUAUCAGGCUGACUUGCAAUUCCUACACAAGUUCACCAACUGCCAAGAAUAUAAUCUUAACAACUGAAAGUCUCAAACCUAAAGUCAAUAAUCAGCACAAAGUCUUCAUAAAAAUGCAAAGUAUAUAUACUAUGUUGCCUACUUAGAGGAUUCAGAUCACUUAAGUAGCUUCUUUAUGAAAACUACUUUCCAUCUGAACACUUCUUUGUACUGAGUUUUACUGACACAGAACUAGAUUAUAGUGUUUCAUUACAUUUUAAAGAAUCACUUUGCACACAAUUUAUUCUUUUUCUAAGUCCAAACUCAGAAAUCCUUAAAGCAGGGCUGCUCAGGUCUACCACCUGGUAUACAAACUCUUUGUAGUACUGUUACUUAAUGUAUUAUGGGACAAAUAUGCACUUCUGACAAAUUUUAAAAUUGUAUUCUACACUAUUAUUUUCCUCUCAUAAAGACCAAAAUGGCUGUAUAACUCAAUUUUUUAAACAGUCACAGAAACAAAUUUUUUCAUUCUUCUUACUCUCCAUCGAAAAUGAAGACCCCCCCAAUUAGUUUUUAAUGUAAAUAAUCUGUAAUAUGUAGGAAUUCAAAAGGUCAGUCCCCCUUAGUCAAAUUAUCAUGACUAGACAGUCUCAAGCACUUCAGAAUCUAUCACCAAAAUGAAUAGGAGACAGUAGUUUCAUCUCAAGUUUUUAUAAUCCAGCAAAGGCCAAAGUACGGUGUAUAAAUUAAUAUUAUUCAUGUUGAGCUACAGGAUCUGGUGAAAUCUACAGAAAUAAUCUGGAAGUUUUUGGUUUAAUAAAACUAGGCUGCAAAUUUUGUUCUCAUAUUGACUGAAAUAAAUGUGGGCACAAAUGUAUCUGUCAAAACAAGGACAAAUUUUUUUUUUAAUAGCAAUGUCACUUCUCAUUUCAUUAAUUGAUUCACCUUUUCCCUGACCAUUUGUGAAUUUCUGUCUAAAGAUGUAUAAUGUAAAAGAACUGCAAGGAAAAAAAAUGUAUAGACUGUAAAGUUUUUUUGAUACUUGAUGUAAGUUUUCCUUGUGUAAUAUUUAUAUGAUAAAAGACAUUAGAAUCCCUACAAAAUAAAUGUCCUGUGUUUCUUCAACUUCAUGAAUAUGUAAAAACUUCACCUGAAUUUUUACUAUAUCCACAAUGAGAUCACUCCCCUAUGCUAUUAAACAUCAAUUUUCCUGAAAGGACAAGCAAAGCAACUAAAUUUUCAGUUUGAGUUUUUAAUAUCAUGAAAAAGUAACCGUAGAGAAGUAUCUAACCUUUUCCCACCUUAUUCAUGAUGACUUAACAGUGAUCCCCAAAUAUAAGUCUAUAAAUUCUUAACAUUAAUGGAGACAAACUUGAGGCUAUCAUUUCUCUGUGGCUUUCACCUUUAAUUUUUAAUUUCCCAUUCCACAUAAACAAACUACCAAGUAAAGAAGAUAACUCUGGUAGAAAAUGAUUCAUCUGAGUGCACAGACCCACUCAUAGUAGUUCAUUCGUGGUCAUAAUUCUUUACAGUGAUUAGAGAUAGCCAUGAUUUUCCCUUAAUUCCCAAUUAUUUUGUUAACUGGAUCAAUGGAGAUAUUUUUAGUCACUCAAAUUCUACUGUGAAAAGCAUUCUGGUACAUGUGGAUGGAGGUGUAUUUAUCAUUUUGGCAAUUCAUAAUAUUUCACACAAAAGAAUGAAAACAAUACUGACAACAUGAACCUGAAGAAAAGAUUAAACUGCCACCAAAAUUUUCUCUACUCUGUGCUUCUUACAAGGUAUAGAAGUAUCACUGUCAAAACAUUUUCUGGCCACUUAUCUUUUUUAGGUUGUCAUACCUUUUGUCACAAAUACAGGUAGAUUUUUUUUUUUAAAUGCUGGUUUAAAAUGU